UUCAUAUGGCCCUCAGUAUGAAGUAUAUUAUACGCGGCAGAGCCUCCCUCUGUCCGUCCUCUUGGUAGUGUUCAUUACUGGGAUAAAGAAGGCUGUUAGAUAAAUUAAAAGUAUAUGGAUGACAGGUUGAAAUAGGUUGGUUGGCUUUAUACAGGGACUGUGACAUGUAGCUUCCCUUAAUGUACGAUAAAUGGGAAAACACCAGUGUAUUCUGUACAAAUAAAAGAUGUUUCAAGUUGACGAAAUAAGAUGAUUAUGAUAGUGAAGAAAUGCGAUUUGUGGGGAAAGCAAUUAAGUAGAUGUAAGAUAUAAUUGGUGUAGCGAAAUACUUAAUGGAAUUCAUAUGAAUUAUAAUAGCUAUGAUAUCACAUAUAGGAGAGAGAAACAAGAACAACAAUGAAGUCAAUGAAUUAUCCGCACAUUUAAAGCUCCCGCGGAUCACGUCCAAGGCCAUUUCGGCAACACAUCAAGAAGUGGCAGCGUCUUGCUCUGCGAUGACGUCCAGAGAAGAUCAGCUGAUCAUGGCGGUGGCCAAGUACAUAGCCUUCGCCACAUUUAUCAUUAUGGCUGGUACUGGUAUAGCAUUGGGCUAUACCGGUGCCAGCUUGCUGUCUUCCUAUGUGGCUUAUCUCUCGCCAUGGGUUCCUGUGUGGCUGUGGUUGGCGGUGGGGUCUGUGAUGGUGCUGGGAGUCAUGAUCACAGCCAUCAGUACUGUUGGUGCUAUUUCUACCUUAGCACCAAAUCCUAAGGGCUUCAAAAUGUGUCUUUCGUUACUGUUGAUGGCUAUAGUAACUGAAAUGGGCACUACAGUGUUAGUAUAUCAGAAGAAGGCGUUGUUCUUGAACUCCCUCUCCCUUCACAUGAAACAAGAAAUGGAAGUGAGUGAGGCAGCCUAUGGUGCAAAUAUUUCUGACACUCAAAUGUGGGAUGAAAUUCAGCUUGAGAUGAAUUGUUGUGGAACAGAAGACUAUGAGGACUGGUUUGACACGGCCUUUGGGAAUGGGACAGAUGUUCCUGACUCAUGCUGUUUGCUUAUUUCUGAAGGGUGUGGGAAAGGCAUAAAGAAUGAUGUUACCCCUGAAGAUGAUAUUGAGACAGAGGGUUGCCUUCCUACAUUAAUAGAUGACUUUAAGCGUGAUGCUGAAACACUGAGUCGAGGAGUGUGGCUGCCUGUCUGUGCCAUGCAUGUUGCUCUGUUCGUUCUACUGUUGGCCACGUCAGUAUUCCUUCACGAGGGUUACACCGACAGCAAUUUCCGGUUAUACUCUACCUCUGAUGUCUUGCCGAGCCCCACUCGCAAGUACAAAACUCUCGUUAAUGACUGUUGAAAUUGUUUUGUUAGAGUUAUUUUAUACAAAUGUGUGUUCUGCUCAUGGAAUUAUAUAAUAUUAUGUAGGAAAAUCAAAUAUGCUGGAAGCAUUGAAACAUUUGUUUGAUUAGAUUUUCUUUUCCAUAUUGGAUUAGAACAUUAUAGUAUUAUUUAAAAUUGUGCAGUUUUCCAAAACUGUAGCCUUAUGUGACAGGUAAAGCUGAACAAUGAAAGCAUUACUCAAUAGUGUGUGUGUGUGUGUGUGUGUGUGUGUUUAAUCUGAAAGUAACUGAUUGAAGAUAUUUCUUCAUAAUGUAUUUUGCUUUUUUCUCAUAAAUGCUCUAAGAAAAGCAGGCCUUGUCAAAUCAAUAUACUCCCUGAAAAAAAUACUUAUUUUUCCUAAGUCAGUAAAUUAUAUAAGAAAAGAAAAUCUUAUUAUGCAUGAUCAACAAAACCUGAUGUGAUGAAGAUAGUUGCCAUCUCUGUUUUGUUAUGUAUAGGUAAUGAAAGCAUAAGGCAAAACUGAUCAACUUGCUUUGGCUUGAAAAUCUCUAAAUAGUAGAUAGAGUUGAUUUUUACACAGUCUUGCUUAUGAAGGAUAACAAAACAAUAUCCAAUGGGCAAUGUUGAAAGAUGAAUCUCUAGGGUGGUAUUUGCUCACAGAUUGCAUAGGAUGGUUAAUCUUGCCUAUGAUGAAAUUAAGAAGAAUCUCUGUGGUGGCACUUGAGGUGUCAUGGUUGUGAAUACCUUCUCUGUGAAUGAGUUUUAGGAGUCAGUGCAGGUGUACAGUUGGAAGCGGAGUGUUUGUGAUUGUAAGACAGAAAAGUUGGCCUCUAAGUCAUAGAAUUGGCAAGGAGAUACUACGGAUGUGACUAAAUAGCAGUUGUUGGAUGGUGGAUGAGGUGGUGUAAGGGUGUAGAGAAUGAGGUUCAAAUGUGUAUGUUGUGUGUUUGUGUUAGAGAGUGAGACAGGGUUAAUGAAUGGUGAUGAAUGAAAUGGGUACAGACAGGGUAUACUGACAAUAUUUUUACUUAAACAAUCUUCAUUAAAUUAAGUAAAGUUUGUAAUGCUAGUUUUUGCUGUCUUUCAGAAAUUAGGUUAUAUCAUAAAAUAGUUUACGAGGCUUUGAAUGUGAUAUUCCUUGGCUAAUUGGAAAUGAGAAUUUGUAGUGAAGUGUUCUGUACACUGCAGUCUUGUCUCAGUUGCUUUCUUAUAUAACAAAAGCAAUAUAGGGAUGCAAUGGAAGUGUGUGUGUGUGUGUGUGUGUGUGUAAACAACUGAUAUUAGUGUAUCAAUUGACACUUAAUUUAUCUCUCUAAUCAUAGUAUUAGAAAACUAUUUUCAUAGGUAAAAGAAGGCUUGGUUUUUGGUUUUCACUAUACAGAAGCUUUUCAUUAUUGUGUGUGUGUGUGUGUGUGUGUGUGUGUGUGUGUGUGUGUGUGUGUGUGUGUGUGUGUGUGUGUGUAUAUAUAUAUAUAUAUAUAUAUAUAUAUAUAUAUAUAUAUAUAUAUAUAUAUAUAUAUAUAUAUAUAUAUAUAUAUAUAUAAAACAUUGUAUAUUGGGAAUAUUAUCUGUGAGAAAAAAUAAAACAUAUCCAUAGAGUAUAAGAACUAUAUCAUCUAUUUGCAACACCUGCUGAUAAUUUAUGUUUACUGUAUACAUAAUCAUCUUCGAUACAUAAAUCAAUGUCUUGGUCAGGAUACAAUAUUUACAAUUUUUUUUUAUCUAUAUGAAACCUGAAACUUAGUAUUAUUUCUCUCUCUCUCUCUCUCUCUCUCUCUCUCUCUCUCUCUCUCUCUCUCUCUCUCUCUCUCUCUCUCUCUCUCUCUCUCUCUCUCUCUCUCUCUCUCUCUCUCUCUCUCUCUCUCUCUCUCUCUCUCUCUCUCCUUUAAAAGUGGAAGCAGGUAUAGUGUUAGUGGACAGGAGGUAGCCCAGUUAUAAGAAACAUGGUAAUAUAUCUGUUUGCCAUGUUUUUUCUUUGCUUUCCUGCAUUCUAUUUGAGAGGGAUACUUCUUUUCUGUUGAUAGAUAACUCAGCUGGUUUAUUCAGUGUUCGAAUCAAUUCUGGAAAAAAAAAAUA